CACACCGCACUUGCUGCUCCAGCUUGAUCCACCAUGGGCUCUGACUGGGACGCAUCCUCUGACGACGAGGCUUCGGCAUCCGCCGCCGCUUCCUCGUCCACCCCGGCAAAGCUCGCACCCGCCAUCCCCGCCGUCAAGAAGGGCGGCAAGUACGCCGACGAGGACCUGUCGGACGACGACGUCAAGGACGACUGGGACGUGUCCGAAAGCGACGACGACGACAAGCUCAAGAAACCCGCCGCCGCCGUCGGCAGCAUGCGCAACAAGGGCGUCACCAAGCAGAAGAUUCUCCAGAAGGAGGAGGAGGACCGCCGAAAGGCAGAGGAGCAGGAGCGCAAGGAGCGCGAGAACGACCCGGCGGCGUUGAGGGCAAAGGCCCGUGCGGCCCAGCUCCGGUCCGACAUGGACUCGGCCGCGACCCUCUUUGGCGAGUCGAGCCUGGCCGACAACCCGCUCGACAUGGAGUGCCGCAACAAGGACGACUUCUCGGCCCUGUCGACCUCGCUCUCGGACCUCCUCAUCCAGACGCACUCGUCGUCCAAGCACUUUGCCGCCUUCGUUGACGAGCUCACCAAGGCGCUCGCGCAGCCGCUCAAGGCCGACGAGGUCGGCAAGGUGCGCGCGUCGAUGGCGUCGCUCGCGAUUGACAAGGGCAAGGCCGAGAAGACGGCCGCGUCGGGCAAGGGCAUCGGCGGCAAGGCGCCCGUGCGCAUGGUCGCGAGGGGCAAGGAGGACCUGUCGUCGUUCGGUGAGGUCCUCGACGACGAGGCGGCGGCCGCCAACUUCGACCCGGACGAGGACUUUCUGCGCCUGUCGCGCUCUCGAGCGGCCCUGCCGAUCCUCCAGCCGCAGCGCACAAUGCCGCCCGCUCCACCGGCUCGCGACGAGCUGUCCCUCGUCCACCGCUCGCCUCGGCCGCUCGACACCGCCUCGUCGUCCCGCCCGAGUCUGCUGUCGCCCAUACGCAGCCUCGAGGACCACCUCAUCUCGUCGGCGUCGGCCAUGGAGCAGAUCAAGGCCGAGCAGCUCGAGCACUUCCCCGACGCGAGCGGCGCGACCCACACCAAGCCGCUCCUGCCGAACGAGCGCCGCAAGGUCACCUCGGUCUACUACGCCGACAUGAGCGUCGUCGCCGUCAGUGGCGACCUCGUCGCCGUCGCGGCCGGUGUGCGCGCCGAGCUGUGGAGCGCCAGCAACGCUAUGGCCGGCUGGUGCGAGGCGGGCAUGCACGGUUUCGGCACGACCGAGGUGACGGCUUUGUGCUUCUCGCAAAGCGGUCGGUACCUCUGGGUCGGCACCCACAGCGGUCAGCUGUUCGAGUUCGACACGGCCGCCUUCACGUCCCGACCCUCGCUCGUCACGGCCAUCUCGAUCCCUGUCGUCGCACACCGCGCCGACGCCCACCCCGAGGGCUCGCCCAUCACGCACAUCUCGCGCUCGUCGGCCACCGAGAUGUGCACGAUCGACGCCGCCGGCACCGUCGUCGUGUGGCUCCCCGACUCGCGCCUCGGCAAGCUCGCGUCGCUCCACUCGCACUCGAAGGUCCUGCGCAUCCCGCACGGCGCGUCGUUCGUCAAGGUCGUCGACGGGCGCGUGUGGGCGAGCUGGAACCUGUACCCGGCGGCGACGGGCGCCCACAAGACGUGCGUCGUCCGAGCGUUCGACAUGAGCGGGACGGUCGCGGUCCACGCGGGCGAGCGCAGCUGGACGGUCGACGUGCGGCAAGGUCUCGGCAAGGUCACGAGCGGGUGCAGCGUGCCGUCACAUCCCGACCUGCACUUCUUCGGCAAUGACUCUGGCCACAUCUCGAUUUGGCGACGCGUCGACUACAAGAUGGUCGCCGUCAAGAAGGUGUCGCUCGUCGCCGUCACUGCCCUGUGCGGCCCGUCGCGCUUCUUGUGGGCCGGCUUCGACAACGGCAUGAUGGAGAUCCUCGACGUCGCCGGCGCCGAAUGGCGCGUCGUCAAGCGGUGGCGAGGGCAUCAUGGCACGGUCCUUUCGCUCGGCCUCGACCCGGGCUCGCUGUGGACGGCAUCUUCUUUGCGCGUCUACAGCGCCGGCGCCGACCUCACCGUCCGUUUUUGGGACGGCCUCUUGCGCCAAGACUGGAUCCGCAAGUCCUCGUUCCUCCCCUGCGCGCCACUGUCCCGCAUGGCGCGCACGGUCGACUCGUACUGCGACUUUUCGUCCCUCAAGCUCGGCAUCUUGACGUGGAACGUCGACGGGCAAGACCCGGAUCAGCUCGAGAACUCGGGCCCGGUCGACAAGGAGCUCCUCGGCAGUUUCCUCAUCUCGCUCAAGGGACCCGACCUCGUCGUGUUCAACUUUCAAGAGCUCAUCGACCUGUCCGACCUCACCCUCGCGGCCCGUACCGUCCUCUUUGCGACCAAGACGCACGACGUCACGGGCCGCUACCGCCAUUGGCUGCGCGUGCUCGACAAGGCGGUCAAGCGGUACCUCGGGUCCGAGUUCGAGCUCGUCUCCAACGAGAAGCUGGUUGGGCUCUUCACGGUCAUCUUCGCCCGCCGGUCGGUCAAGUCGCGCAUCCGAGAUCUCGCCGCUCACCACGUCAAGACCGGCUUCGACGAGGCGUACGGCAACAAGGGAUCUAUCCUCGUCCGCUUCGUCCUCGGCGACAGCUCGUUCUGCUUCGUCAACGCCCACCUCGCGGCUGGCAAGACGCACCCGGCCGAGCGUGAGCGCGACCUUGUCGAGAUUCUCGACGCCAAUCCGGUCUUUCCUCGCCCGAGCGAGUGCACGCACGAGGCGUACGUCGGUGGCGGUGACGGCACGCAGGUGUCGGACGCCGAGGUGACCUUCUUUGUCGGCGACCUCAACUUCCGCAUCGAGCUCCCUCGCGAGCAGGUCCUGCGCACCUUGUCGUCGUCCGACUCGCCGGAGGCCGCCUAUGAGCAGCUCCUCCCGCACGACGAGCUCAACCACCUGCGCCUCACCUCGCCGACCUUUCGCCUGCGCUCGUUCGACGAGGCGCCGAUCGCGUUCCCGCCGACGUACAAGUACGACCGCCGGUCGGGAAGGUACGACACGAGCUCGAAGCAGCGCACGCCGAGCUGGUGCGACCGCGUCCUGUGGCGCGCUCAGCGACCCCAGAGCGUCGUGUGCGACAGCUACGGCCGCUUCGAGGCCGACCUAUCCGACCAUCGACCCGUCGCCGCAGCAUUCACGGUCCAGGUGCGCAAGGCCGACCCGGUGCGCAAGGAGACGGCGUACCGCCUGGCGGUCCACGAGUGGGCCAAGGCGGCCGAGGGUCUGCUCGAGACGGCGAGGGUGCAGUAUCCGCCGGGCCUGUAG